AGUAAUUUUUACGCAAGCCCGAGGCUUAUUAGGACUUCAAAAACAUAGAACAGCAGCUGCUCUUGUCGCAAACACCUCAAUUGGGACGCGACUGCAAAUUCGAAGCCAAUAAGUGUCUAUAUAUAAUCCAAGGAUGUCUACGUGGCAAGAGAUUGCCGCAAAGAAGCGUGCGGACCGUGAGGUUCUGCUUGCUCCCUUCAAGCUUCCCGAAGCUGAACUCCCGCCUGCCGACCAAUUGAACGUCUACGAUUUCAUCUCGAGCGGAUGUGCGGAUAGCUUGCUUUCUGCGAAGGACAAGGAAAUCACCGAAAUUGAUGAUAUCGACGAGCUGGCUGCUAAGAUUGCUGCUGGCACUUACUCCGCGACUGAGGUCAUUACUGCGUACAUCAAGCGUGCCACUGUCGCGCAUCAAUUGACAAAUUGUCUUUCUGAGGUCGUUUUCGAGCAGGCCAUUGAACGCGCCAAGUUUCUCGAUGAGUACUACGCUAAGAAUGGAAAGCCUAUGGGCAAAUACCACGGUGUUCCAUUGACAUUGAAGGACCAGUUCAAUGUCCAUGGAGUCGAUACCACUUUAGGAUACGUCGGUCGCUCUAACAACCCUGUCACCGACAAGUCCAAGGAGGCUGUGUUGGUGACUAUCUUCGAGAAGGAGGGUGCCGUUGUUAUUGCGAAGACCAACCUGCCCCAAAGUAUCAUGUGGUGCGAGUGCAACAACCCCUUGUGGGGAUUGACUGUCCACCCCCGCCGUCGUGAUUUCACCCCUGGUGGAUCUACUGGUGGUGAGGGAGCUCUCCUCGCUCUCAAGGGUAGCAUCAUGGGCUGGGGUACUGAUCUUGGUGGAAGUGUUCGCAUUCCGCAGAUCUUCAACGGUGGAUACGGAUUGAGACCUAGUGCGUGGCGUAUUCCUUACGAGGGAGUUCCGGUCACUAUCGACGGACAGGAGCAUGUUCCCAGUGUCAUUGGUCCCAUGACUCGCACUCUCAACUCGCUCACAUCAAUCACCAAGGCUGUCAUUGACAAUGAGCCCUGGAAGCUGGACCCCAAGUGUAUCCCUAUGCCUUGGCGUCAGGAGCUUUACGACGAGACUUUGAACAAGAAGAAGUUCAUUUUUGGAGUCAUGCGAGACGAUGGUGUUGUUCGCGUUCAUCCUCCAAUUGAGCGCACUCUCAACCAAGCAGUUGAGCGACUUCGGGCUGCUGGCCACGAGGUUGUUGAGUGGUCUGCUCCUGAUCUCCAUGCUGAGCUGGUGCCUAUCCUCAACAAGUUCUACAUCGCUGACGGUGGAGAGGAUGUCAAGAGCGAUGUCAACAAGCUCGGUGAGCCACUGAUGCCCUACGUUGACCGAAUGGUCAACCGCGGCCCCCCCAUUCCUAUCACCGAGUACUGGCACAACAUGGUGCUCAAGCGUGAGUUCCAGAAGAAGUACCUUGACAGGUGGAACGCUUCGGGUGCUCUCACUUCUACCGGCGAGCCCAUCGAUUUCAUCUUGGCUCCCGGAUGCCCUCACACUGCUGUUCCUGUGGACAAGACCAGCUGGGUUGGUUACACCCGUGUCUGGAACGGUCUCGACUACACCACCACGGUUUUCCCUGUCUCCAAGGUUGACAAGGAGAUCGACAAGUUCAACGAGGAACAAGCUGCUUACGUGCCCCGUAACGACUGGGACGAGGCUAACUGGCCUGUCUAUAACCCGGAGACCAUGGACGGCAUGCCUGUCAACCUGCAGAUCGUCGGUGGACGUUUUGCCGAGGAGAAGACUCUUGCAGUCACCAAGAUCGUCGAGGAGAUCCUUGCGGGAUUGUAGAAAGAGUGCCUCUCGUGUUAAUGUUAGAUCCGGAAAUUCUGUGCCUUCUGCGCCUAGACAUCGCUGUCCUUUGGACCAAUUCAACUCUCUAAUUGAUAAAA